AUUGGGACUGGUAAAUGUGAUCCAACUACCCAGGCGGCUGCUUCCUAUGCAAAGUUUUAUACCCAAGAAAAGAAUCAAAAAUUGCUCAAAGUGUGUAAUUUGCCAUGCUUCAUUAUAGGCUUAGCUGGACCUUGGAUUUGUAUAUUAGGAGCUGUUUAUGUUGAGAAACCACUUGUUGAACCUCUAACAAGCUUUGAACCUCUCAUCUUUACUAAUGAUCGAAUUCAUUUGAAUAAAAUUGCGCGACUCUUUAAAGCCUUGAGUUUGGGAUGUGAAAGACUGAAGAAAUAUUAUAACGCACUGCCAUCUUUCGUAUUGAAUACUGUAGAUCAUCAACGGUUUUUUCCUUUCAUUCGCAAAUUCCAUGAAAUUAACUUCGAUUACAAAGAAAAACUUUUUGAUAAUCCACACAAGCUUCUUUGGAAGGCUGAAACACAAGGUGAAGAUCGUCUCACAAUUGUUAUUAAGUUUACACAUAGUUACAACAAGAAAGCACACGAAUUGUGUCAUAGUAUUGGAAAAGCACCAAGACUGCUAUGUGUAUCAUCGGCUCACACGAUGCAUAUGAUAAUUAUGGAAUAUGUUGAUGGCCAAAAACUAUGUGAUUGUUGUGAUUUGAAAGGCUCUGAAUAUAAAAGAAUUAUCAAAGACAUUGAAGAAGCUGUAGAUCUUCUACACAAGAAUGGUAUUGUUUUUGCUGAUCUUCGUGAUUCUAACAUCUUGGUUAUCAAAAAUGAAGAUGAGUACCAUGGAAUGUUGGUAGAUUUUGACUGGGCUGGUGAGGAUAAUAAGGAUCUCUAUCCAGCUUUUAUGAAUGCAGAUAUUAACUGGCCAACUGGAGCUGAAGAUAAUAAGGUAUUAAAGAAGGAACACGAUAUAUAUUGGUUAGAUGUGUUGAAA